GAUGAUAACGAUGACGCGUUAAAUGCUUAGGUUUUAAUUGUAAAAUCUACAACCCAACAAAAUAAUUGUAUAAAAUUCAAACGUGAUUUUUAAAUGUUAAUUUAAGCUGAUUGCUUAACAAAAGCUCAUUAAAAGCACAUACGCAGAAUACGUUCUUAUAACAGAGAGCUUUGAUUUAGAAAAUUCCAAACAAAGUGACUAGACAUGGCUAGUAUGAUAACAUCUUGGAAUCCCGAAAAGAAGCACAGUGAUGUGGAAAGAUGGAUAUGCAUUUACCCUGCAUAUUUGAACAGCAAAAAGACUCUCGCAGAAGGACGCAGACUUCCUAAAUCUGUUUGUGUCGAAAACCCUACACAUCAAGAAAUUAGAGAUGUUCUUCUUGCCACUGGGUUACGAGUAGGGGUUGAAAACAAAUUGUAUUCAAGAGAAUGCAGCAAGGAAAUGUUGUACAGAGGCAGAAUACGCGUUCAAAUUAAGAAUGAUGAUGGUGCCCCUGUAAAUCCUGAAUUUCCUACUAGAGAAUCUGUAAUGAAAUAUAUUGGUGAAUCCAUUCCAAAGCUAAAGACAAGACAGAAUCGACCUGUGGAACAACAACCUCAACCAACAAAUCAGGCAAUCAGUAAGACAAAAGGGAAAAAAGGAAGGCGAUGAAGUGUCAUAAAGCAGUCAUGUUAUCUAAAAUAUAAUACAUUUAUU